AUGUACAGAGGAUCGCAAAUGCCUCCAGAAUGGACAAAAAAUCAUGAAGGACGCAUGCCUAAGGAACAGAACAGAAUAGGUAAAGAAAAUAUCGCUGGUCUUCCGGCCAUGGUAGACGCAAGUGUAAACUUGUCGAACGAAGGCAUACGCAGUCGUCGGCUGGCCGAAGAUGAUCUCAGAAUAAUAAUAGUUGUUAAAAAGGAUGACCGAGCUAUCAAAGAGCAAAUCCAUAAGGAAAAUUGCACAAAAGUAUUUUGCGUACUCAUUUGGAUCGCGUUUAGCGGUUCACUUUUGGAUUAUACGAUUGAUUUCUUCAAAACGUAUAUCGAUUCGCGAUUUUACGCCGGCCACAAAUUGGAUUUCAAACAACAAAAUUGUGCCGGCGGCCCUGGAUCCGGUGGUGGAGUCGUCGGCAAUAAUAGUAGCCAUCAUCCACAUCACCAUACGGGACAAUUGCAGGGGUUAGCGAGUGCCGCUACAAAUCAUAGCGGUCAUCAUUCCCAUCAUCCUGGAUUGCAUACGCAUCUUGUUAACUCAACAACACAACAACAGAUAACCGCAUCUUCUCAGCAGCCAAACGCGACAACUCCGUCGCAACAAAAUUCAACAACACAACAGCAGCAGCAACAGCAGCAAUUGCAUACCGCCGGAUCGGCAAAUGUAGGUUUGAAUAGUACUAGCAGCGGCGGUACACCCGGUAGUGCUGUAAGUACAGCCGGUUCAAGUUCGGUUUCUUCGACAUUGGUUAUUGGCGGUAAUACAUCCCCUGCCUCUGGUCAUCCACACAACGAUACACUUUCAUCUACCCCGGUAGCUAUAGCUACGUCCAUAAGCGCACCUUCUCUUACCCACGUAGCACCUCCGAGCCUCGGUCUUAGUCCCCAAUCAAGCGCCGAUUCUCAACAAUUUAACAUAUUUCCAGCAAUAUUUAGUCGUCAACUUAACUUUUCAGCCGCCGGCGCUUGCGGUCAAAGCAAAUUAACAAUGGACGAGUUACGGCCGAAUUUGGUCGGUGGACUUUUGGGAUUGCAGCAAGGUUUGCUCGAAGAUCAUGCCGCCAAUAUGCAACAUGGUGGCGUACCGCAGGAUACAAAAUUUAUGUCCUUUCAAGAUAAUCGUCUAAUGGGCAUCGGUUCAACUCAUGAAAAUCGCCUUCUCGGCUUAGCCACAUCCGUACAGGAUACACGUUCACCCGCCAUUUCAUCCAUUGACAAAUCCUCCCUAAAUCAUCAGCGAAAAUGUAGCAGUACUCCAGAGGAUUUCAGUUCAUUGUAUACUGGACUGCCAACACCUGGCAUUGAUACAUCGUCGCAUCAUCAUACACCCGCUCAUACACCACCGACACGUUUAACCGACCACACGAUAUCCGGUAAUUAUCAUAUUUUCUCUUUAAUACCUUCAAAAAGUAACAAACAAAAGGAACAAUUAGCGGAAUUAGAAGCAGCUUUUGCCAAAUCACAUUAUCCUGAUAUUUACUGCAGAGAAGAAUUAGCGCGAACGACAAAACUUAAUGAGGCGAGAAUACAGGUGUGGUUUCAGAAUCGUCGCGCUAAAUAUCGUAAACAAGAAAAGCAACUACAAAAAGCAUUAGCACCAUCUGUGAUUCCAUCUUGCAACGGCAUGAUGCGCAACAUUCAAUAUUCACGGGGUUAUCAACCUUAUCCGCAUCACAAUUCAAUAAAUCGUUAUCCGCAGGAUCUCUUUCAAAUGGGUGCUUCAUCGUAUCCUGGUAUGACUCAACCAUUUUCAAUGGCUCACGGCACUAAUAUGGGUUCAGUUGGUGUGCGUCAAGACUCAAUGGGCAUGUCACCGGAGGAUGAAUGGUAUAAUAAAAGUUUAUCAGCGUUACGUAUGAAUAGCUCGCAUCAUCCAAAUUUGUCGGCGCCUAUGCUUCAAUACCAAACAUAAUCGAAAACCUUUGACGACUUUUUUUAAAGGGUAAAAUAUCUAAAAUUGAAGAUGUGCAAUUAGGCGAUAUUCGAUACGCAUAAAUUACGAAUUGAAAAUCGCCGAAAUGUGGAUAUUUUACAAUUUAAAAGAGGUACGUCAAACUAGUGCUUAUUAAAUGACAAAGGAAUGCGUCUCCUGAUUGCAUUUCUAUCCAAAAAAAUAUUAUAUAUUUGUUAAUUGUAAAAAAUAAG